AGUGGCUCAGGAGGGUUACCUAGGCAACAAGGCAGACACCCUCUUAGUCAACCUUCCGCCGCCUCUCAUUGGCCAGCCGGGAUAAUUGUUUCGAGGGCCAGCCAAUGGGCAGGCGCUCCUGUGUGUCUUAUCUGUCGCCCCGGUGACUCGCGGGCAGUUGGCUACUGUGGCGGUAGCGGAGCGGUCAGCUAGCCAGCGCUCCCUCCGCUCCCUAGGAGCAAGCCUAAACCAGACAUAUCUGAAGCGGGGCAGCCCCGUGGCCGAGCCCGGCACUGUGGUCCCAGCCAGCGCCACCCCGCCCAGGCCCACGACAUGAGCUUCUGGUGGGCCCUGGCCAGCCACCGCUGCCGCAGCCGCACCCGCAACCGCAGCCGCUGGGCGCUGGCCAUGGCUAUCCGGAUCCUGCUGCUCGCGCUGCUCUUAAGGGUCUAUCCCUGGACCUGGGUCUCUGGGCUGCCUCUGCCCCCGGAGGAACAGGAGGCCGAGGUCCAGGCCGCCAAUGGCAGUGCCGGGGCCACCAAUAGUACGGUAUACGUGGAGGCCAAGGUGUUGGUGCAUUCCAACCGCAGCGCCAGCCUGGGCCUCUCAGGCCACCUCAACCCCCUGGGCGUCUUGGGCCGCCUGGGCCACCUGCCGCCUACUUUGAGCCGGACGCUCCGCCAUUUCCUGUUCGCGCUGAGUGGCUGCUGUGGCAUCGUGGCAAUCUGUUUCCUGAUCAGGGCUUACAAUUUCAAGGUCCAGUCGAGCAAGAAGUACGGCCUAGUCGCCAGUGAAGAUCACCUGGAGACGGGCUCCUUGGACAGCGAUGAGGAAACGGUCUUUGAGAUGCAAGUCCCCAAAUAAAUCGCUGUAGGCCGGCCAACCAACCCAAGGAGCCCCCUGCUGGAAACACCUCAGCACCGCAACACCAAGAAGUCAUCUUACCACCUCCACGAGUGACGGACGUCACCGCCCUGAGAGAGACACCUGGAGACAGAACCGGCAACAUCUUGGCAUUCUGUCCGCGGGCAGAUGGAGGGGAGGGGGGAGGGGGGGUUGUAGCUUCUGUUUCCUCCUACCUGUAUCGCUGCUCAAAGAUACCGCUGAAGCAGGGGGUGUGUGCCUGGUCCUUC